UGAGAGUUUCAUUCAUCCUCUCAUUCCUACUGAUUGUCUUUUAUUUCAUUUUUGUAGGAAUGCCUAAUAUAAUUUAAACAAUUACCUGACUCCCACAAAAAUAAAAAAAAUAUGAAGUUGGAUCUAAAGCUAAGUCCUCAACUCUCGGACGAACUAAAACAGAAAAAAGCGGCCCGAGACAGUCUCAUACACAAAAUAUUGUAUUCUAAGAGAUUGCUGGUUGAUCACGUAGAAGCCUUGGAGCAAUGCAUGGUUUUCAUGCAAGACCAUCCGGCCAUGUCUCCGAAGCAGGAUAAGGGAAAAGAUACCACUGAUUUUGCCAACCGCAUCGGUAGAAUUAGCAGUAAACUGUUUUGGCCUGAAAUAUUUACCGCCCGUAAUACAUGCUUUCUAUUGGGGUCAACAGUUUUGGAGCAUUUCAUUACACCACGUGCUAUGCGUUUAAUACUGAUGCCAACUGCAGUGUUUGCUGGUGGCUUUAGUGCUUUAUACGCAGUAAAGACAGUCUUUGGAUUUCGGAAUAAAAUUGUAGAACGCGAAUUGGAAAAUCUCAUACGCACAAUUGAUGAUUUCGGCAAUUGUAUACGUCGAAAUAUGACGUAUUUCAAUGAGAUCAUAAUUAUGAAACAAAUGGAAUUAAUUGAAUCUCGCCAAAUUGAAAGGGCGUGGGAUUGUAUAACAGCGGCCAAGGAGGUCACGGAGAUAUUGUUUGAGGCCACCCGAAAGUUAGAAGCUCAAUAUCCCAUACCCGCCCGAUUUACACAGUAUUAUGCGCCUAUGGAAGAUCUAAAAGAAUGUGACUACUUUAAGAAUAAUGUUACCGAUUAUAGUCCCAAACAUAUAAAAGAUUUUCACAACAUUUUCGCAUACGUCCAAUCGCAAUUUCUGCUGCGUUUAGCUUUAACCAUCUCCACAAAACCCUCCCUAAGUCAGCUUAAUGAUGAAUUGAAGAAAAUUGAUUGCCUUAUAAGACAGUUAGUGCUUGAGGAGGAAAAUCAUUUUAAGAAUCUUGCGGUUGAGCAGAACAAAAAAAAAUCCCUUGAGUUAGAAGAAUUGAACGCCAAUAGAGCGCUUAGAACAAGAAACGACCCAGUGGGUAUUCUGCAAGACUCUUCAUUAAAGCUGAGUGCUCGUAUGGUGGCUGUAGCCGGCGAAUGCCAAGCUCUGGACAUCACCCUGCAGCGCCUGACCGAAACCGAAAAUGUGAAAAAGGAUAACGCCAAACAUUUAGUCGAAGUAGCAAACAAUAUGCGAAGCAUUGAAAAUGCCCUAUCUCUUUGCUUUGACGAUUUUCAACGCCUUAUGUUGGUCUACAAUAAGUUUUUGACCAGCAAAUUAGAUUUAAAAGACGACAGCGAGAAGAGUGACCAUAAAUCCCAUGAAACUGAUGAUGAAUUCCCUGAAAACUUUCUACGUGUUGAGAUUUCACAGAAUAUGAAUGAAGCCGAGCCGAGGGACGAUUUUUAUGCCUAUAUGUUUGACGAAAAACAAGCCAAGAUUGAGCAAGAGCAAUUAGAAAAAGAACAACUGGAGCAGCGCAAAGAAGACAUGGAAAUAUUGAAUUUUGAAAGACGCAUAACUAAAGGGAGAUUUAGACCGGUUCUUAAACAACUUAAAGGUCGUAUUGACCCUAUACGCAAGGUCAUGUUGGAAAAGGAACGUGAAGUACUGGCAGCCAAAGGAAUAAAUGUUGAUGAAUUGUUUGACAACGAGCAGGAAAGUACUGACGAAGAUUUGACCGAAAUAGUAAAUGCUUCGAAAGAACAGCAGUGCGUCGAAAAUGUAUCAGAUGAUGGUAGUGAGGGCAGUGCAGAUUUGGAGUUUGAACGGCGUACAAAAAAAUUGAAAGAAAUGGAUAAUUUUGCGGAAAUGCGCAGCUUUUUAGCACAAAAACAGCCCAUUAAUUUAUUUAAAUUGGACGCUCUACCAUCAGCGUCCAAUGCUUUAGGAGAUGAAGAUAUUUUAGAAAGUGGUGAAUCUUUUGUUUAGACGCCAUAAGUAAAUAAGAUAUUUGUCGAUCCAUGCGGUUACGAAAGAGGACACAUGAAAACAACAGGGGACUGAUGCAUGUAAAACCCCCGCGUCCUAAUUAUGACUUGUAUUCCGGAAAACAAGGAAGGACAAACGACGGAAAAUGAAUUCACAAAAUAUGAAGUGCUUGCCUCUGGUAUAAGUUGGACAACAAUGCCGGCCUUGAAGUGGAACUACCAUAGACUUUUUUUAAAAUAAAAUAUCAUCAAACUCGUCUUUUGCUCAAAAGAGCUCGAAAUAAGAGCGAGAAUAUUUUUUCUCAAUCCUAAAGUUCUCUUUUUUAAUGUGCAUUUCGAUGUCGACAUAAAGCAAAACAUGAAUGAAGACUUCAAAACAUUGAAUGAAAUUCAGAUGUCUUAAUUAGGCCUCAGGAAUCUAUUAUUUACAUUAUCUCAAAUUGAAGUGUUAGUUUACAGGAAAGUUUGGGUGCAUGAAAUUGGAAUGUUUAACAUGCACCAUUUUUUUUAUAUGUAAUAUACAAGUUGUUAUUUGAAUGUUCGUUUUUAUUUUGUUAAACAUUUUGCACAUAUUUUAUUCUAAAUAUUUUUCCUAAUUACUCGACUUAUUUAUCUAAGAAUUGUAUUUAACUUUUGUAAAUAAAGAGCGAUGGUAUUUGUAAUAUUUA